GAGUUUCGAGCCGAGUAAUGAACAGUGCUCGAGUCCGAGCUUUCGCGUAAGCUCGUAGUUUAAAAAACUAUUUUCAAUCAAAUUGACUCUUAGCAAUUAAUAAUUAAUUCACUAUUAAUACCAAUAACUAAUUAUUAAAUUAAUAAGAAAUAACAAUAUUAAUAGAUAAUAGAUAAUUGAAAAUUAUCUAUAAAAAGUACAAGAUUUUACUUAAUACAAUUAUUUAAAGUGAAAUGAACUCGCGUUAUCCAUCGAAGGUUGAAUUAUCGGAAAUAAAUUUAUCCUGACUAUCGGAACUAUUUGCCGGCUUCGCAAUAUGUUGAUAAGGACAAAAAUACACCUGGCCCUAAUUUCUGGAGCUCAACUAUCAGUUGUCAACUUCAAUUACUUCAAUAAUAAUUGUAAUAAUUAUAAUUAUUCGGAAGAAAAAGAAGAAAUGUUCCUUGAAUAUUUUUUAAAAAAUUCAAAAAAUAUUUUAUGAAAGUUAAUGCCAAGGGACUCGAGGGUGGAAGUGUUAACCCGCGACAUCGGUGCUUUGGUUUUUAAGGGUAGCACGCGAGGAUGCUCGAGCUACUCGGCUCGAGUGUCCCACCCCUGGUGCGCGUGACCAUUCCUGGCUUAAUAUUAAUAUAUAAGUCGGAAUCUGGUGGAAAGUUUUACCCCGACUUUAGGCGCCAGUUACACGAGUUUUAUUACUUUACGCGAUUCGGUUAUUGGUGAAGAUAUUUCUUUAAUAUUGACACAGUUUUAUUUGAUUAUAUUUGUACUUUGUUAGGGUUUUUAAUUAUAAUAUGGUUUAUUUUGUUUUUGUUUUUGAUUAAUUAUGAGUUACCAUGGCGCGUUUGUUGUGGAGAAUAUGAUAUUGAUUGAACAGACAUAACCUCCUUUUUUACCGGGUGGAUGCAAAAAGAGGAUUAUUGUUAGCAAGGUACCAAGGAUUUACCAUGUCACUUCUCAGUGUUACUGUUAAGAAGGCCGCAUUCGUUGGGGUCCAAGGUAAAUCACAACAAUUCAACACUUACGUGACGUUAAAGUUACAAAACGUAAAAUCAACAACGGUUACCGUGAAAGGGGCCAAUCCAUGCUGGGAGCAAGACUUUCUUUUCGAGACGAACGACGUUAAUACUGGGUUAUUGGUGGAAGUUUGGAGCAAAGGGAUGCUGUGGGACCGAGCACUUGGUUAUCACUACAUACCACUGCCUGAAGUCUCUUAUGCAAAUGAGGACGAUUGCGGACAAUGGGUAAGCCUUGAUUCGGAGCUAGAGAUGCGGGGAGGCGAGGUAGUUGGAACGAAAGUACCAACUGGCCACAGUCUACUGAUAUCCUGCAGAUUCGAGCAACCCUUUGGAAGAUGGUGUGACCCGAGGAGCGGAUGGAAAGCCUUGAUAACGAGCGAAACUGCAAUCAAGUUAUGGGCAUCACGGCCUAUGUGUGGUUCAGAUCCAGAGAACACGGAAGCUGCGGACUUGCAGCGGAAGCUCGAGAUGCUGAACAAUACGAUGGACCAAGAGGCGAGAGCUGAACAGGCCAGGAGACAAAUUCUCUACAAUAUAGGACACUCGGGUUACUCCGAAGAUUCCGACUACACAUCGGACCUGAACUACCCAGUGGGUGGACAAGGUGCGAACAGUUCAGCCUCCCAGUUCCGAACAGCCGCUAAUCAACUGGCAACUCCCCAGCGUUCUCUGGAAACCUCCAGGGAGAACAGCUACGAGCGCGAUGAUCACCAGAUUCCCGCAACGGUAGGCGGAAGGUUAACCGCGAGUUACCCCAGCUAUGGAACGGGAAGUCGCGGACAUAGUCCUAGGUACGACGAGCCUUAUCCUGGAGACAAUAUACCCCAGCGGUAUAUUACGCCGCAGAGUGGAGAGUCUUCCGAGCCUCUUUCGUACAAUAGCAGACCCCGCGGUUACAAAGAGUACAGACGACGGAAGCACACGUGGGAUUAUGAGGACAGUCAAGACGGGUGGUACAGCGAGGGGUACGAUUACCAGGGGACGAGGAUCGACGACACCAGGGUAUUCAGCGACACCGAGUCAUAUUAUCCCAGUACUACUAGUUCAAGUCGACGCGGCCCGCAUAGAAAACCUUCGUUAGAAAGGCAAAACACCUUGUACGACGAACAGCAUUACAAUACCGACGGAUAUGGCUAUAAUGACACCAGGAUAUCGAAAAUGAGCGCCGUUUAUCCAGAAUGUCAGACAGAUAUUAUUCAUAAUGAUUAUUCUGACUCACGAUAUAUUUAUCAGGAUGAAAGGUACGGCCAAGACGAUGAAGACCGUCAAUGGGACAGUGGAGGAAAAUGGUACCUAGGACCAAGCAUUUACUACGAAAACAAACGAAACCGUAAAAGCUUACCCCAGAGACCAGCGUCGAGUAUCGGGAUCCAUCGACCUAAUUAUCGGCCCACCGUUACCCGGCAACGUAGUUACGAAUCCGAAGAACUUGACUACAGCUCCCGACGGAAGAAAACACCUCGCGCCCUCUCUCGACAAGAAGGAGCGAUAACCGGGAAAAAACUGCCUCCGACUCCUUCAAAACCGAGCAACGUUCUUCUGAACCGCAAGCCUUUGUCCCUUCCCGCGACUCCGGGCCGGCAAUUGCCGCGCACCCGAACGCCCUCUGAGGAGAGCUACUACAAGCAAGAGUACAACGAGGACUACAACUACGCCUACCGCAGCUCUCAGGACAACCUGGAGCAGGAAAGUUUCGAGUUCCAGCCCCUCCAGGACAAUCAGUUCGUACCCGACUAUCAGAACCAGUACCCUCAGAAUAAUUACGACUACGAAUCAGUCGGAAAAGAUUAUCCAGGUUACGGAACUUACGAGGACGGUUAUCAAAACACAUAUCCUAAGGUUAACAAUCAAUAUCAGUCCGCGGUCAUUGACAAUUAUCAAGGUUAUGACAGUAAGAGUAACUUUAAAGACUAUCAAGAUAGUCUUCAGGAUAAUCUUAAACAAGAUUAUAGUCAAGCUAAUGGUCAAGAUUAUAAACAACAAGAUUUAGUUAAAGGUUAUAAUCAGCCAGAUUAUAAAAAAGAUUAUAAUCAGCAAGAUUAUAAACAAGCUUAUAAUCAACAAGAUUUUAACCAGCAAGAUUAUAAACAAGGUUAUGACCAGCAAGAUUAUAAACAAGAUUAUAAUCAGCAAGAUUAUAAACAAGAUUCUUCUACAGGUUAUGGGCCACAAAAUUCUUAUGAUCAAGAAUCGCUUAAAGAUUAUAAUCAACAAAAUACAUCAAAAGAUUAUAAUCAGAAAGAAGUUUAUAAGCAAGAUUAUAAUCAGAAGGAUGUUUAUAAACAAGAUUAUAACCAACAGGAUGUUUAUAAAAAAGAUUAUAACCAGCAAGAAGUUUAUAAACAAGAUUAUAACCAACAAGAAGUUUAUAAACAAGAUUACAACCAACAGGAUGUUUAUAAACAAGAUUAUAAUCAAGAAUCACUUACAGAUUAUGAUAAACAAGAUGUUUAUCAGCAAGAUUAUAAUCAGCAAGAUUACAAACAAGAUUAUAAUCAGCAAGAUUAUAAACAAGAUUAUAAUCAGCAAGAUUACAAGCAAGAUUAUAAACAAGAUUAUAAUCAGCAAGAUUACAAACAAGAUUAUAAUCAACAAGAUUAUAAUCAAGAAAUUUCUACAGGUUAUGGUCCUCAAGAUUCUUAUAAUCAAAAACCAGUUGAAGAUUAUAACCAACAAAAUGGUUAUAGCCAAGAUUAUACCCAAGAUUUAUCAAAAGGUUAUAGUCACGAGGAACCUUACAAAGAAGAAACUUUACAAGAUUACAAACAAGAUUCAUUCCAAGAUUCUUAUACAGAUUCUUUCAAAGAUUUCAAGCAAGAUUCAUACACAGAUUCUUACAAGCAAGAUUCGUACAAACAAGAUUCAUUUUCAGAAUCUUACACCGAGGAGACUUAUAAUCUAGCAAAAGACGACAAUAAUCAGGUUGAUCUGAACAAUUACAAAAAUGUGCCAGUAAGUAAUUACAAUAAUAGCAUAGUUACAACCUCGAGUGUGACUAUUGACUACAUCAACCAGCAGCAACAUGACAAUAAUAAAUACCCGGUUGCUUCUGAGUAUUAUCAACCUGACCAACAAAUCCCGGUGGGUAAAGAAGAGUUACCCCAAGAGGUAACUUACUCCGACGGCUACGACUAUAACAGCCAAGGGUACUACGACUACUACGACGACAAGCAGAAGCUCCCGGAGCCUACUACCAAGAGUCAGGUCAACGGUUACAAGGACAAAGAUUACUUCUAUGAAGAAAACAAGGGCCAAUUGGUCCAGCAAGCUUCCUUGGAGCUCCAGGAUGAUGAGUUGAAGGAUUCCUUCGACGCGGCGAUGAAUUCCGUGAACGGACUCCUGGAGCGCAAGAGCUUCGAGUACUCCACGGCUGGAGAACUAAGUCCAGCUUCGACUUUAGUGGACUCCAGCUCAGGCCACGCGGAAACUGUUACCACUACUGCGGUGAUGCAUGUCAAUGGCAAGAGGCUGGUCAGAACUGAGUCAUACGUCGAGGAGCCGAUGGAAGACGAGUACCCUGCUGAGCUGCAUAGGAAAGACUCCCAGCUUUCGCACCAGAGUCAAGCUAGCCAGAGAAGUAUCCAGAAGCCCAAGUUGACUCGUGAGGACUCUUAUGCUGAGUUUGAAGCUCGGGAACGGAGAGAUAGCUAUCAGGCUAGUAGGGAUGACUCUUAUGGGUCCAUUGAGGAGCAGGACAGCUUCAAGGAACCCUUGUCCAGGACUGGGUCUUACAAGAGGGAAUUCAGCAGGGGAAAUUCGGUCUAUGGGCAGAAUUUUACUACUCCUCAACCGAUCUCCAGGGCGGAAAGCUAUCAGAGGGGGUACUUCAAGGAUCAGAAGAGCAUUGAUGACAGCAAUAUCGUUCUGGGGAGUGCUAUGAAUGGAGAGUACAAAAUGAGGGAUGAAACUCUUGAAAGAUACGAAAAAGGUGAAGAAGCCUUAACUCGUGGUUCAAGAGAAAAUUCUCUGGUCGAGCCCUACAAAGUUACACCACCACUGUCCAGAUCAACAAGUCCUCGAACUGAGGGUGUCACGAAGCAGGCAUCGCCCGAUGACAGCGUGCAGAUGGACACUCCGCCGCGGAGUCCCCCGGAACCACCAGCUGAUGAAGUUCUGCUGGACCUAGUGGGGGCGCCACCUGUGCCGACGCAACUGAAAGAGCGCCCAAAGAUGACUCCCAGGGAGCGCUGGCUCUGGGCUUGCAAUAAAAUCUCAAUGCAGCUGAAUGUAAGUUCUUUUUUUGGCGGAAAAAUGACAGUUGGAUUAGCGAUAGCUAACACGAAAGUUCCAUUAACGCGAACUUGUCAGCCAAGUGGAUAUCGCACUCGAUCGUGUGUGAAACAUCCUCAAUUUCUCCGGAGCGGUGCUCCAGAAUGUAGACUCCAUCCAACCCUUCGUCCCCCCUCUAACAGAGCUCCAUUUUCGACACCUGACUCUCACAGCAGUCGCGAGUGUCACACCCGGAAGAAUAUUGCUGGUGAAAAACGAUCCGACAUUGUCACAUUUAAUACAGACAUGUGA